AUGGUUCGGAUCACCCAAUCCUACACGUUCUCAGACUCUCCGUACUUUAACGAUCGAGGUGUCCACGGCCACGCGCAACCCAUAACAGAACGCGUUAACCCUCACUCAACUCCGAUAGUUUCCUACUACUUCCCGAAAGGUGUAGGGGAGCACCACUAUGGGCAAUAUCAUCCCAUGAAACCACACCGGCUCACUUUGACAAAUGCCUUGGUGAUGGGAUACGGCUUGGACAAGAAGAUACACAACAUCUACAACCCGCCUCUGGCAUCGAGAGCCGAACUAGAAGCCUACCACGAUCAAGAAUAUAUCGACUUUCUAUCAAGGGUAACGCCACAGAACCAAACGGAAAUGAAGCACCUGAUCGACAGUUUCAAUUGCACCGAGGAUUGCCCCAUAUUCGCAGAUAUGUUCACGUUUUGCCGCAUGUCAGCCGGUGGCUCGUUAGCCGCAGCGCGGAAGCUCUGUGCGCGGACGACUGAUAUUGCGAUUAACUGGUCUGGUGGCCUGCAUCAUGCGAAACGUGGCGAAGCUAGUGGCUUUUGCUACGUCAACGACAUCGUUCUCGGUAUAUUGGAGCUGCUCAGGUACUUCCCGCGAGUGUUAUACAUCGACAUCGACAUUCACCACGGGGACGGUGUUGAGCAUGCCUUCUACCAUACCAAUCGAGUCAUGACUGUAUCUUUCCAUAAGUACACCGGCGACUUCUUCCCCGGAACAGGGAAACUUGAAGACAACGGGGCCGGCGUGGGCAAGCACUUCUGUCUAAACGUGCCACUACAGGACGGUAUCACAGACGACAUGUACACUACGCUGUUCAAGCACGUCAUCGAAAACGUCUGCCAGCGUUUCCAGCCAUCCGCCAUCGUCAUGCAAUGCGGCGCCGACUCACUCGGUCUCGACCGCCUCGGCGCAUUCAACCUCUCCAUCGCCGCGCACGGCGAAUGCGUGAACUUCGUGCGCAUGCAGAAGGUGCCACUCAUGGUUGUCGGCGGCGGCGGGUACACCGUCAAGAACGUCAGCCGGUGCUGGACGUAUGAAACGAGUGUUCUUGUUGGCCAGCAGCUCCCCGACGAGCUGCCCGCGACGGUGUAUGACUCGUGGUUCCGCGACUCGCAGUGGAAACUGCACCCGCCGCUCACGGGGCGCGUACAGAAUCAGAACACGGCGGCGUCGCUGCAGCGCAUCAUGCGCGCGGUCGACCAGAAGCUGCGGUAUCUCGAGUCUGCGCCGAGUAUACAGAUGAACGAGCUUCCCCCAAAUCUUGAGAAGUGGUUGGCCGAGGAACUCAAAGACGAACUUAUGGAUACUCGAGAAGACAGAAGCAUGGCUCAGAAGAUGGAGUUGUUCGAACAGCGAGGGGUGCCACAAGUGGCAGACGUGCAAGAGGCGGUAGACGUGGGCGAGGCAGAGGUAGGGGAAGAGGGGCUCAGACAGCUGCAGUAACUCGAGAGCCCGGGGAUGAAGACGGUGAGGAAUCAACUCCAGUACCUCCCCCACGAACCAGACGCGGGAGAGGACGAGGUAGAGGACGAGGUGCCGCGCGUAGACGAAUAGAAGAAGAUCCAGAACCUGAAGAGACGGAAGACAAAAUGGAAGAAGCGCAGAAAGGCGUGGAAGUCGAAGAAUCGGUUCGUGACGACGAAUCGAUAGUUCCGACUGGAACUACAGGAACACCAAUGGAGGCUGUAGGAACGCCAACAGGUACAGCAGGUACAGGGACAACAGGAA